UGUAUUAAUUGCUCUCCUUAAUUUGUGGUUGAUUUCACAGGAAACGAGUGAGCUCGAUUUCGGCGAGAUGCCGAAACUGAAGAAGUUGUCCGUCGAAUAUAGAAAACGUGGUUACGAAGGUCUUACUAGACUGAUAGCUGCUUUGAUAAGGGCAUCUCCUCAUUUGGAGGAAUUUGGUUUAACGUAUAAUUGGCUUCCAGCUACGACGAAGAAAGAUAGACAAUUGGAGGAUGCAAUAAGGUUUCCCCACCAUCACCUUAAAGUCUUCGAGUUGAGUUGCAACUAUAGUCGCAUUAGCACUGUCAUGGUUGACAUAGUUGGGGGUAUUUUGGAGAACUGCGUCGUGCUUGAGAAAAUAAUUGUUGACCCCUCGGGUGGACAUUUCCCUAUAGAUGACCGGGAAAAAUCUACGAGGAGGAGGAGGGCGAAGAAACAACACGAACCACAAGUGCCUCAACACAUUGAACUUGUUAUUCUUUAACUUCAACAAUUAUAUAGGCCAUUGGCGAAAAGUUUUUUUCGUCGCUCACAAUUAAUUAUAUGUUAUCUAGUUUGGUGAAGUUAUGAAUUUAUUAUUUAAGAUCU